CCUAUUCCUUUCCACAUUAUAUUUGUAUAUAAACACCGACCCUCAACGACUUUCUUUUCCCUCUCACCCUGCAAGUCUUUUGCAGAGAAUGUUCCCUCCAUUCAUAUAUUCCUCUUCUUCUUUCCGUUUUCUUGAAAAACCCAAAAAAUGUUUCUAGCGUUUGAUCCAAAUUAGAUUAGAUUUUUGUAAUUUUUUUUUUUAUAUUGGAAUAGGUAGAGAAAUAUAGACAGAGAUAGAGAGAGAGAGAGAUGGAUAACUCUAUGGGAGUUGGAUUCAUGGCGGUUUUUGCAGUAUCAGGAAGCGUGGUUCUUCUAGCCCACCAAGUCCACAAGCGUCUCUUCUCCAACUUCAUGAAGAACAUUGAAUUCGAACUCAAUGGGCCAUUCUAUUCCCAUGCCCAUACCAAAUUAGCCAGUGUGGUAACUGAGAAGAACCUUGGGAAGAAGAUGGUGAGAUUUGCAGAUGAUGUUGUGGAGCCAUCAUCGAAUAACAAAGAAUACAGGAAGAGGCACUGUUCGGCUAAGCAAGUUUCAACAAUGGAGAAUAAUGAUAUAGUUCAGAACCAGGCUGAUCAUCAUCAUCAUCAUCAUCAUCAUCAUGAAGGAUACAAAUUGGAGGAUACUAUGCCUCCCAAUAGGGUUGCUCUUUAUAGAGGGAUUCUUCAAUAUAAGACCCUUAAGGGCGCCCAAUUAUAUGUAUAACAAAAGUCCUUUUUAUUUUUUUUUAUUUUUUAUUAUUUUUGUUUUCGUUUUUGUGUUUAAAAGGUUUAUGGACCAUAUAGUGGGUGGGCUUAUAGGUUUUGAUGUUGUAUAUCUAGAAAUCCUAUAAACCCUUCUUUUUUUGUUUUUUUGUGUGUGUGUUUUUUUGAUCUGGGUAAACCCCCAGUUGUUUGAAAGUGGAAGUAUUACGAACAAAAUUUGAGGAAAAAUAAUAAAAACGAGAAAAAUAUAAAUGUCUGUGUGAAUGAA